GGGUUUUUAGCGACGGCACCGGUAUGGUUGGCCAGGAUAGCCUUCAAAAUGGGUUUAUAUGGCGAUCAUAACAAGUUUGAUUACUCGUAUCAGUUGUUUGAUAAGGAAAUUUCUUCGCACCAGAAGUCAUUGGAUUUGAAUACUAAACGCGAUUAUAUCGACGGAUACCUAAUGGAAAUGGAUGCAAACUGCCGGACAUUUUUCGGUGCCGGAAGUGUUACCAUCAGGACUAUCACUGAAUGGAUGCUAUUAUUUGCCGUCAGAUAUACUGAACACCAGAAGAGGAUUCACUCAGAGAUCGAUUCUGUGGUCGGAAGAGAUCGGAGUCCCUGUUAUGCCGACAGACUUCAUAUGCCGUCCACUCAGGCGUUCAUUAAUGAAGUCUUUCGACUCAAAACUCUGGAGCCAUUGACUUUUCGGUGCACAACAGAUGAUACAACAGUUUUGGGUCAAUUCAUACCGAAAGGCACCAGAAUUAUGGGCAAUAUAUGGGCCGUUCAUAACGACCCCAAAGUAUGGCAUAAACCGCAAGACUUUAAUCCGAAUCGAUUCCUCACAAGUGAUGGCAAAGAAUUACUUAAAUUCCAUUAUUUUAUACCAUUUACUAUGGGUAGACGUAAUUGUGCCGGUGAGGGGUUGGCACGAGUGGAGCGUUCAGAAACGGAUCAAAACACCAAUAAUGGACACAAAAGCGACUCAAACAGAGAAAAGGAUUGCAAUAAAAGUAAAGACAAAAGCGUUGAACGAAACGAGAGAAAGAGUACUGAAAGGCCGCGAAAGACGUCGGAGUCGUCCGAUAGAGACCGACACCGAAGUAGUGAUCAGCGAAGGGAUAGGAGUAGGAGUCGCGAGAGGGAAAGGGAUAGGAAGUCGUCCCGCGAUACUAGCACCGGCGUAUUGGGCGCCUGUAGGCCGUCGUAUGUGUUAUGUAUGGGUUUGGCAGCCAAUGAACGACACAUUCACCACAUUCUCCACACAUUCUCGUCAAACCGCUCUUCAAAACACGACAACUCGUGUUUUGCCAUCAAUUGA